UGUCAUCUGCCAGGGUGCAGGAGACUGGAGAGGUUAUGUGUACACUUUUAAAGAUUAUUAUUUUAUUCAGAAUUGAUGCCAUAACAGUACUUUACUAAUUUGUUUUCAAUAUAUAUUUAAAUUUAAAACUAAAUUAUAUGAAGUAUUUUGUAUAAAUACGGCAAUAUCACAAUGGAGCAAAUGGAGUUUGAUGCGGCUUUGGGAGGUACCGAACACCUCCCGCAUUCAGCAAACAGUUUCAAAUUCGCCGCUUCUAGAAGUGUGGAAAUUGCAGCCAUGACCGAAAGUAUCCUUCAUCCAAGUAAAACUAAGCUUAUCUUUCAAUGCUUACCGGUGCAUAUGCGUCGGAGAGUUAUGAGCCACAACUGUAAACGCCUUCCACGGCGCUUGCGAGAAGGGCACUUAGAACAGCUGAAAAAAAGUGGUUUGCCUCCAAAACAGAAGCGACCUUCCCGCAAAUAUAGACGACGUGCAACUAACCUAUUAGAAGAAUACAAUAGGCGGCAAAGAAGACAUGUUUGGCUAGAAACGCACAUUUGGCAUGCAAAGAGGUUUCAUAUGAUCGAACGGUGGGGACAUCGCUUAGCGUACAGGCCUUGUGACAAAGCUUUUAGAGCUUGCUACCGUGCUAGCUCUGCACAUUGCCUUAUUCAAGACAUCUCUUAUUAUAUGCCUAUACAAAUCAAAGGAUCAGUUGAAAGAAUAAAAGAUAUGUUCAGCUCACUAACAAGUAAUUGUUGUGGACUUGGCAUCUGUGCCAAAGCAUAUUUAAAUGGUAAUAGACAAGGAACAGUUAAUUUAUACAUGCCUGAUAAAUAUCCAUUUGAAUUUAUAGGUAGAGUUGAAUUUUUAUGGGUCUCGUACAAUGCAAAUAAAGAACUUUGGUUGUUUGUACAUCCUGCGUUUGCAAAGCAAGUGGAGUCAGUAUUAUCUGACUUAAUUGAUAAUCCAAAAUCAGAUGUAAAUAAUAAAGAAAAUGAAGAAAAUGCUAUUGCUAAAAGAAGGAAAAUAACUACUAAAUAUUCUGAUAUUCAAAUUAAAAUAAUGCCAGGAAUGUACAAUAGAUUUCGAAUGACAGGUCCCAAAAGUCAUCCAGUACUAGUACAAACACUUAAAUGUGUAAAAGAUAUAGAAAAAUUCAAAACGAAUGCUUGGCUACAGCAUGCCACUAAGGAAAAUACUCAGUUAUUUUUAGAACAAAAGCAUGAUUACUGGGAAAGUAUCAGUUCUGUAACUUCACCGUCUCAGUUACCACCAAGCUUAGCCAUUGGUUUGGUUGUUAAAGAUCCUCGCUUAAGUCGCCCCAAAAAAAGAACAAAAGCACAAAACAAAACAACUCCAACAGAUACUGAAUCACUACUAAAUGUACCACAAUAUUUAGCCUCUUCACCCAUAUGGGAUACCUCAGUAUGUGAAAUAAUAAAGGACAAAAAGAUAACAAAUGCCCAAUACAUUGCACACAUAACAAAAACACAGUUAGUGCCUGGGGAAGUUAAUGAAGAUGAUCCUUUCCUUCCAACCAUACCUAUUGUGUUAAUACAAAGACCUGGGUCUCAAAACUGUGGUUACAAAAAACUUGGAUAUGGCAGUGGAUGGGACAUAAUCAUACCAGCAGGAUAUGGCCUACCAUUCUGGUUAACCUUUAUAAUGUUUGGAGCGAGAGCAGGAGGCCUUCGAGAAACUGAAAGCAUUGCUUUUGAAACAGGCGAUUGCUAUAUGCCACCAGAUUCUGAUGCUGGGCAAAUGGAGGAAAAGAGGAUAGAGUUAGAACUUAAAGAAAAGUAUUUUGGACGACCGCCCAGCAAGAGGGUGAAUUUUAUAAAACUUGCAGUGCCCAGCCCUUUUAUUUGCCCUUGGAAUGUCCUGCUAAAAGAAUGGGGUAAUGAGAAGGAUGAGCAGUUGUUUGUACUGCGUGAUAGAGAUAUGCUAGAUAAAUUACAGAACUGCAUUGAAUUGAAAAAGAACGUGCCCAAACUAGGCCAUUGUAAUCACUGCUUAGUUCCUGUCUACAUACAAAUAAUAGGCAAAGGUAAUUUGAAAAAACAUGCAAUGAUAUGCAUUCCUAACAAAAGUGAUAUUUCUUCAAAAGAAAAAAUAAUGGAGCCACAUCAUGCAGAUGGCAAUGCAAUGUUAAGGAAGCAAAAAAGAGCUGAGCAUAAGAAGUUAUUAAAACUAAUGCAGAAAAAACGAAUAAAACUAAAGAAGAAAAUAUCUGUAAAACAGGUAAAUCAACCAAACCCAUUGAAGAAAAAUAAACAUGAGCCAUCAGAAUAUGUCAAAGCCAUGAGAGAAUUAUGGCUUCCUUCUAACAUAGAAGCAGUUCGUAAUAUUAGUUCCAGAGAAGUCAUGGGAUAUUUGUCACAAGGAGCUUUCAGUUUUUCAGAAGCCAAAAGUUGUGGAGUUGGCUACGUGACAUACAAUGCUGUUAUGAAGUUACUGGAUCAUGGAUUAAAUCGAGUUCUUGUUCGGAAUACUACUUCAAGGACAUAUAGAAUAGCAAAUAUUGAAAUAAUAAAGUAAUACUAACUUCAA